AAUUCAAUGACAUUAUUACAAUCGCCAUUGUCAACUAUAGUUGAACGUCCACUUGUUUGUAGUGCUGUUUGGUCCCCAGGCAAGUUGGUACAAGCCAUGUGAAGAUGAAGUUAUAUAAGAGAGUUGUUAGUAUUAAACUUGUCAUCAACUUUAAAUAUCUAUGGUGGGUCUUGGAAUCUGUAGUUUGGUAGUAGUUCUGAAGCAUUUAUAGAAGUGGUUUCAAGAAUUUGUGCUAGGAUCUGUAGCCCUGCUCAAAAUCAAAAGAAUUUGUGCCGGCAUUGGGUGAUUAGCUCAAAAUCAGAAAAAAGUUGUAUAAAUGGUAUUUCUGAAUUCAAUUGUGUGAAAAUUAUUUUCAUCAACAUAUCAAAUCACAUUCAGUGAUCUUGUAUAUUUUAAAAGAUGGGUGAUCAGAGAGGGGGAGAAGGAGGUUGUAUAGAGAUUGAUAUGGAUGGGAUUAGAGGAGGAGAAGAGAGCCAACUUGUGGAGGUCACAAUUGAGGUGAGAUCAGAUUCAGUUGUAGUCCACAGUGUGAAUAAUAAAGAUAAUGAUUCAUCUGUUUUAGGGUAUGAAACAGAGGAUCAGGGGAGUGUUGGGUCUUCUGUGAGGAAUGCCAGUGCUAAGUUGAAGCAUUUCUCUCAAGAGCUUAGGUCUGAAUUGAGAAAACUUUCUUUCAAUUCUAGGCAAACUGGGGCCCAAAGGAGCAGGGAAUUCAGCAAACUUGAUAGAAACAAAUCUGAGGCUCAGAGGGCACUCAAAGGUUUGAAAUUUGUUAAUACUGCAACUGGGAACCAAGAUAUGGAGCAACAGUGGACAUCUGUGGAGAUGCGUUUUGAGCAGCUUGCCUUCAAUGGAAUGCUGUCCAGAGAGGACUUUGGACAAUGCAUAGGUAUGCAGGAUUCCAAGGAAUUCGCUGUGGAAGUUUUUGAUGCUUUAGCACGCCGAAGAGGCGAGCAAUGUGGCAGUGGCAGCAUAAAUAAAGAAACUCUGAGACAGUUCUGGACAGAACUGGCUGACCAAAGCUUUGACUCCAGGAUGCAAAUCUUUUUUGAAAUUGUGGACAAGAAUGCUGAUGGACGAAUUACAGAGGACGAGGUUAAAGAGGUUAUUAUGUUAAGCGCAUCUGCAAACAAACUCUCCAAUUUGAAAGAACAAGCAGGAGAAUAUGCUGCACUCCUCAUGGAAGAGCUUGACCCCGACAAUCAAGGUUAUAUUGAGAUUUCACAGCUAGAGAUCCUGCUGACAAGGCCAAUGAUCACCUCAGGUUCAAUGAGACCAAACUACUACAGUCAGAAUCUGUACAGCCAAAACCUAAGCCAAUCCCUGGUUCCUCUGAGAAGAGGCAAUGUGAUGAAAAGGACAGCUAAAAAGUGGAAGUAUUUCAUUGAAGAGAAUUGGCAGAGGAUGUGGAUAAUGGCAAUGUGGAUAGGCAUCAUGUGUGGUCUUUUCAGUUGGAAGUUUAUACAAUACAAACACAGGGCAGUAUAUCAAGUAAUGGGCUACUGUGUUUGUUCAGCCAAAGGAGCAGCUGAAACCCUAAAAUUCAAUUUUGCAUUAAUCCUGCUUCCAGUUUGCAGAAACCUAAUUACAUGGCUGAGAAAUAACACCAAACUGGAAAUCAUUGUGCCAUUUGAUGAUAAUUUAAAUUUUCACAAGGUUAUUGCAAUAGCUAUAGCCAUUGGAGUAAUUGUGCAUGGAGGUGCUCACUUGACUUGUGAUUUUCCAAGGCUUCUGCAUACAAGUGAUGAGAAAUAUGAACUGAUGAAGCCUUUCUUUGGGCAUGAGAGGCCUCCUAAUUACUGGCACUUUGUGUUCAGUGUAGAGGGUAUCACAGGAGUAGUGAUGGUUAUUCUUAUGAUCAUUGCAUAUACUUUGGCUGGGCCAUGGUUCAGAAGAAACAGAGUAAAACUCCCUUGGGGACUGCACAGACUUACUGGUUUCAAUGCUUUCUGGUAUUCUCACCACUUAUUUGCAGUGAUAUAUGUGCUCUUUAUCAUCCAUGGCAUCUUCCUUUACCUCACCCACAAGUGGUACAAGAAAACGACAUGGAUGUACUUGGCAAUCCCAUUGUUGCUCUACAUUGCAGAGCGCAUUUUUCGAUCGUUCAGAUCAGAUUACAACUCUGUCAAUAUAACUAAGGUUGCAAUCUAUCCUAACGAUGCAAUGUCUCUACAUAUCACAAAACCUCAUGGUUUCAAAUACAGAAGUGGGCAAUACAUGUUUGUAAAAUGCCCUGCAGUGUCUCCAUUCCAGUGGCAUCCUUUCACCAUAACCUCUGCUCCUGGAGAUGAUUACCUGAGUGUUCACAUUCGCACUCGUGGUGACUGGUGUCAGCAGCUCAAGAGAGUGUUUUCUGAGGCGUGUGCACCACCAAUGGGUGAUAAAAGUGGUCAGUUGAGAGUGGAGCACAAUGAAGAAAAUAGAGUGAGACUCCCAAAAUUUUAUAUUGAUGGACCUUAUGGUGCAUCUGCCCAAGACUACAAGAAAUAUGAUGUGAUGCUUCUGAUUGGACUAGGCAUUGGAGCCACCCCUUUCAUCAGUAUUCUAAAAGACAUGUUACAGAACAUGAAAAGCAAUGCAACUUCCCCUGUUACUUCUCGCUCUAGGGCAUAUUUCUAUUGGAUUACCAGAGAACAGGGAUCCUUUGAAUGGUUUAAGGGAAUCAUGAACGAAAUUGCAGAGAUUGAUCACAAGGGAGUUAUAGAAAUGCAUAAUUAUUGCACUAGUGUGUACGAAGAAGGGGAUGCCCGAUCAGCCUUGAUAACCAUGGUCCAAGCUCUUAAUCAAGCAAAAAAUGGAGUGGACAUUGUUUCAGGAACAAGGGUCCGCACCCAUUUUGCAAGACCAAAUUGGAGAAAAGUUUUCAAGCAUGUAGUAGCAAAUCAUAGCAAUGCCACAGUGGGUGUUUUCUACUGUGGACCACAGGCAGCUGUUAAGGAGAUCAGAAAUUUAGCUCAAGAAUUCAAUCACCAACCUUCUUCAACCACAACAUUUCAAUUCCACAAAGAAAAUUUCUAGAGUUUUGGAUACACUGCUCGUACAGCUUCAAGAAUUCUUUGGAACCAAAAUUACUAUUGUCUAUUGUUGAGAAAGCAAAAUUACUGCAAAUGAGAAUAUAGGAUAUAUUCUAUUGUCGAAAGGUAAAUAUUAUGUAGGUUUAAAACUGAUAAAGAUUGCUUCCCAUUUGUAAGCAAGACCUCUGGUCAUUCAAGGAUUUGACUAAUGUUAUAGCUAGGCAUUGUGGACAAUUGACAAGACUGAUGUCCACUAGUAGUUCUAUUGAAAGCUUAAAUUUGACUGUAUUAUAGGCGUAUGUGCUCUUUUCAGUACUUACAUAAAAUCAAAUAUUUCUGAAAAAUUAUAUCAAAUGAAUGGAGAAAAUUUGGAGAGAA